GAUCCGAUCCGCCAUCCGAACCUCGGCAAGAACGUCGCGUCUAGUGCUCGAUACAAUUCAAACUACAGGAUUGUCGUGAAGCUUCAACAUCUUAUACUUUGCCCAGUUUACAUCUAUUCCAAGCCAGUUAACGUUUCUUAACCUGCACAAGGGUAGUCUGGGUAGGAUAGGAGGAUAAGAAGAGAGAACGGGGUAUUUGGUGCAAUAUGUCGAAGUCACGGGAGGAGGCUAUGAAGGGUGUCGAAGCGAUUUUUGAUAGAUACCGACUAAUCGCCCAAGCCCAAAAUUUCAAAGGCUUCGACUCCCACCUUAUGGAAAACAUCAAAAUCAUUGAUGCCACCUCCUCAGGAACUGCAACGUUCGAAUUUUUAAUAGAUGAACAAUACAGCAAUAUCAACAAUGUGAUGCAUGGAGGAGCCGGAGGUGUGAUAUUUGAUAUGUGUACUACAUUUGCUUUGGGACCUGUUGCUAAACCUGGAUCUUGGGAUUUUCUUGGCGGGGUGACCAGGACGCUCAAUUUGAGUUAUCUAAGGGCUGUUCCUGUCGGCACAACUGUUCGCAUCUAUACUGAAGUAGUACAAUACGGCAAAACGAUGGCGAUGCUUCGUGGUACCAUGACUAGUCAAGAUGGCUCGAUUAUUUAUUGCACAUGUGAACAUCACAAAGUGCGCGUGCCAACCCGGAAAGAGCAUUUAGAGCAUAAAGUAGAAUGGGAUGGCUUGUGGAGUAAAGACUCGGAUGGGAAAUCGAAAUUGUGAUAUCUAUAGAGCUUUCAUGGAGGAUAGCGUUGUCCAAAAGGCACUGUGAAUGAUUCAGGCAUAUGUAUAAAAGAACUGUCUUGUCCUCUGGAUGGGCUUUGAAGAGAGGAAGUCUUGUCAUUUAGUAGUGAUCUUUGAAGAAGAGUAUAUAUAGAUGACACAGGGAUGAUCAUUUCAAAACUAUUAGUUUGCGUUUUCUUGAGCAAUAUCUCAAUCCACCUUA